AUGCAGUACGUUCUGUUCGUUUUCCUCUCAGGUAAGAUCGUCGUCCUUCUGACUUUCAAACAUUGGUCCCUUUCAGCUGGAGUUGUGCUGGUUCAGAGCCAGAAAGGUGGGGGCAUGGCCGAGCUGAAGUCGAUCACCGGAGAUGCUCCGUACGACGGAGUUGGCAAUGCUCCGGCGCCGAUCCCUCAGCCAAUGGGAUUCUGGGGCCGUCCGAGAUAUUCCCCGCCCGGUCCUGGCUUCGACGGGCCUUACGGAGGUCCGAUGAUGAUGGGCGGGGGCGGAGGACCGUUCCCGUACUCGCCGUACAACAGAUUCACGAGCAUGUCAAGCAGUCCUUACGGUUUGUAAGUGCACUUUUCACUACUUUCUCUUUAUUUCUUCGUCACCUUCAUCAUACUUUUUCAUUCUGAAUAACCUGUUAUUUAGGGGUUCGUGGUACAACAACUUCUGA